CCUACCUGUGCGGACUCACAAAAGGUCCUACCACCAGCAGUAAAUUGUAUGCUUAAGCAUGAACUCUCUUUGAAGUUCUAGGUUGGAUAACGGCUGUCUCCAUGUAGAAACUGAAACUCUAGCGGAUUCUCUCUCGGUGCUUUUGGGCCCCUUAAGCACCGGUCAUCGUCCUCCAAAAGCUAGACAAGCAAACUAACCCAAAGACACUGCCCACUCUCCAUCUCGCCGGUACUUCACAAUAGGUCGUGAUUCCGAUCCGGUGGUAGAUUUGGCGAAGUACUGCUCUUGUUAGGGCUAGUGUUAGCAAGUUCUCUCAGGUUGAGCCCGUGAGCUCAUCUACCCGCUCGGGCGUAGCUGCAAUAGCCCCCUAAACUACCAACGAAGAGGUAUCGGGAAAAAAAAACAUACAAUUGUAGAGAUGCCAAAGACAGAGAAAUAACAGAAUGAUUUCGACAUUCAAUUUUUAAUCUAGUCACGAUAAUAUCAAAUGAUACCGUUAUCAUAUCUAUAGAAGAACGUUUUUUUUUUUUUGUGUAAAACACAUAUUCGGGUCAUUGUAUGUUCGGCGGCUAUAACAAAGAAUCAUGUUUAGAAUCACACUGGGAUGUGUGACGUUAUGGGACUAGUGAUGUGAUGAAAGCGUGUGAUGUGAUCGAAAAGUGAUGCACUCCAAUAAUUUGUAAUAAGCAAGUUGUUGAGAGUUUUUUUGUAUUGGUCCGAAAGCUCAACUAGUUUGCGUGACAAACGAGUUACGAGUGAGAAGUGCACACGGAGUUGGAUUAAUUGAAUACGAAGUGAAUUAAUUCACUUAAGUUUUUCGUGUUUGUGUAUUAAAAAAAAAAAAUUUUUUUUCGCGAAAAUGUCUCCGAUCUACGGUCACCCCGAUUACGAUUUCGGCCCUUAUGAGCCCGAAAACGAAGGUGACCAGAAAUUUGAGGAAAACCCGGCCAGUCUGACGAGCAUGGCGUUUUGGUACAUGAUGGUGUUGAUCGUCAUGCUUCUCAUCUGGCUGUUUCUCUUCUUUUGCCUAAGGAUCAUAUCACUAAGUAAAUAAUAUUUUUUUAUCCUAGAAUUGCGCGUACCAAUCCGGCUUGAACAGUGAAAUAGAUGAUACGCGAUGCAAUAGAAACAUCGAAUAUACAUAAUAUUAUAUAUUGGAUGGAUAUGGUCUUGCUAUGCGGUCUGUGUGCUUGGUACGAGUUAUUUAACGUUCUCCAUAGCCGAUCCUGUAGACAGAAUGGUAAACAGUCGACUUCGCCCAAAACACGUCAUUACGGUUCCUCCCGAUCCAUUAACGGUGCUUUUAAGUACCACAAGCACCGGUCACCGUCCUCGUCGAAGCCGUCGCUGGCGACGAAGGGCUCGACGAGCGAAUUAACCCACAGACACAGCCCACUGAGUUUCUCGCCGGAUCUUCUCAGUGGAUCGCGUUUCCGAUCCGGUGGUAGAUUCUGCGACGGCUCUUGCUAAGGUCAGUGUUAGCAGCACUCCAGUUUGAGCCCCGUGAGCCCACCUACUAGCUAAGGUUACACUGAAAUAGCCUCUCAAGGCUAUCAGAUUAGGUAGGAUAAAAAAAAAGAACCCACGACCCCUGGCGCAAUAGUCGCGGACGCUAACUACAGCACCGCCGAAUAGUUAUAAUCGAUUUAAAUGAAAUAAUGAGAUGAUUUUAAUUAUAAUUGUGAAGCUGCAUCAACUAAUGACCGAAACAUAUCACCCAUUUACUUUAAAACAAAUUGAAUAACUAAGAGACCUUAAAUUGACAAAUAGCGUUUCAAAUUAAAUACCACUUUAUCAGCUACCUAAUUAACGUCAGUCGUCACACGAUCGUGCUCAUAGCAAUACGCAUAUUCAAUAAUAUAUUCGAUAUUAAAUUAAUAAAAGUAAAAAAAAAAACUUUAUAACGAACACACAGUAACGCUUAAUGCGCGAGUUAUCGAAAAGAUAAAAAGCUUUCAGUUAAAUCAAUACGCGUUCAGAUCACGACCAGUUCUGUUGUUUCAAUGUAACGUUAAAAUAGAAAGUGAAAAAAGCAGUGUUAUUUUUAAAUAGCAUUUCGUUUUUUUUUGUUUUUUUAUUUUAUUUUAUUAUGGGUAUGUCUAUAAUUUACUCGCACCAUCAUGAGAGACCACCGGACUAUUAUGAGAGACCACCGGACUAUUAUGAGAGACCACCGGACUAUCAUGAGAGACCACCACCGACAGAGAGUAAGGAGGGUGAUCCGCUGACGAAUAUAGCGUGGAUAGCGCUAAGCUCUACAAGUACAUUGCUGGUGUUAAUAUUUAUAGCUGCGUGCAUCCGAAUUAUAAUCAUCGGGACAAGGCAAAAGACGCGCAACACGCAGCAGAGGAGGGUAUAUGUAGGAACUCGUGCGCGUCCGUCACUAGAACAGACGGAGCCUACUAUAUAUGUCAGUCCCUCCAAUUUGCCGCCACCUCCCAAAUAUGAGUGUAUGGCGCCGCCCAGUUACGAAGAGGUAGUCGGUGUGCAUUAUCCCGGCUGUCCACCCCAGCCGAUCACCCAGCCGAUCACAGCGGCGCUGGCGCACCACGCCACCGCCCCCCCAGCCCAAACCACAGGAGGAAACUCAAGGCAUAACGAGACAGCAGCGAAACCAGACACAGUUGUAACGGUAGCGACCGAAGACUCUAGAGCAUCGGUAACAGUGUCUUCUAGAUCAUGAUUUUUACAACAAUUUCCUUUAGUCUUAUAUAAAAAAAAAAAACAAUCGAACAAUGUAUAUUCAAAUAACAUAACGAACGGAACUAAAAAAAAAAGUUCGUUAAAAAAAGCUAAUUAGCAUAUUAACGUUAUUUUUAUUAAACGUUAUUUUUUUUUAUAAAAAAUAAAUAAAAAAAUAGUGACCAUAUUAGAUUUAACAAGACGUAAUUUUUUAGAUUAAAUCAAAAGAUUAUUAAGACGUAUGCGAAGCAAUACGAUUGCCUAAACAUAUUUUUAGCGCAGUAUUUGCUCAGAGUCACUUAACCAAAGACAUAUUACAUUGCUAAAAGCAAACGCUUUUUGGCUGUAAUCAGACAAUAACGUUAAUUCCCAUCGUUAUAUUUAUAUAAUUUCCUCCUAUUCGUACACUCUUGACAGAGUGGUCGUGGUCAUGCACCAGUCGGAUCCUGCGAUACCGAUGCUCUCGCGAUGCGACGCCAUGUGGCACGAUGUUUCGCAGAGUGAGAGCAAUAAUUUAUGUUGGACUGAGUCACAGAUUUUAUGAGGUCGGUCCAUCGUGUUGGAGAUCGUCCGCGAGUUCUUUCGCCCUCGACUUUCCCUUGCACCACCAACCGCUCAAUGGAGUACUCAUUACGAGUGAUGUGCCCGAAGAACUUGAGGAUCCGUAAUUGGACUGUAAUUUACGUAAUAUUAAUAGGUAAACAUAUUUUAGAAUGAAUUACAUUUCUCUUGAUUUCUCUAAAUCAGUUCGGUGGACACACAGGCCGGACAAUAUUUUUUAUCGCAAUUUUCAAGUCAUAAUAUCGCACAUACAGUGCGAUAACGUCACUUUUCCAAAUAUGUAAUUUUUCAUGAGGAAUGUUGGAAAAUUCAACAUCUGUAUGUACUAAUAUUACAAAGCUGAAGAGUUUGUUUGUUUGAACGCGCUAAUCUCAGGAACUAUUGGUCCGAUUUGAAAAAUUAUUUCAGUGUUAGAUAGCCCAUUUAUUGAUAUAGCUUAUAUAUAUAUAGGCUUAUAUAACAUCACGGCAAGACCAAUACAAGUGGAGCACCAAUAAAGAAUGUUUCAAAAUAAGGGUUUAAAUAGCUCCUUAACAUUCUAUAAUUCAAAUGUAUUUUCACUUUCUACGUAAAUGAAGUGGCGGGGUAAAAUUUAGCGUUAUGCCAAAGUGACUACUCCACGCGGACGGAGUCGCGAGCAAAAGCUCAUAUAGUUCUGCUAGAGUGUAUAAAACAAAUAAUAUUUAAACUGCUACUUCAAACUUGAUCAGUAAAAGCAAACAUAUCUCUCAUCUCACUAAUAACUAUAAAAAAAACUGUAUUUUCUCAUACUCAGUUCAGUGUUGACAACAAAAUUGCAAAAGUGACUCUAUAGCAAGCACCAUAUAUGCCAUGUACUUAAUCAAGAGUGCGCUCAUGAAUGUAAGCGUUAGCUAACAGAGAAGUCUUAAAUUUAUGAAAAAUCUGAAAUAAGUUUAUGUUUUUUUGUUUCACUAACACCAAGUGUAUUAUAUCGAAGGGUGCAAAGUUAUUUAGCUUGAGCGACUUUUCGCUUAACACGCGACAUUUAUCUUUGUAUUUAAAGGUCCGCUUUAUUUGGUAUCAGCAUCAAUGAUCCGUUGUUUUUAAUUGAUCUUCAAUUAUAUUUCAUCAUAAUCGGUUGCUCUUGGCAGAGCAGUCGUGGUCAUGUGGAAUUCUUGCUCAUUAAAGCCUCAACAGAUGUUUUCCACAGUUUGCGAACCGAGGCCCGGCGCACACGCUCUUUAAGUGGGGUUUCAGUAAGGUAUUUCUGAUCAGUCUAACGCAUGGGGAUUCGUCCACGAGAUCUCUUACCAUUGACCAAUUAUAUUUACUUAAUUUAAAUAGCUGAAGAUUUAUUUUUCGUCAAGAUGUUUUUCGUCAAGAUAUUUUUUCAAAUUUUUAAACUUUGGCUCAGCUGUAAAGUUGCAAAAAUAUCGAUACACCCAAAUUGUUUUUCAUCCCUCGAUAUGUUGUUGAAAAUUACUCGAUCUAAUUAUCAGCUUAGCAUUUUAAAAAUCUAGAUCAUUUCAACAUAAAUGGAGCAGUGAAAGAUUUUAUGGCUUGCAGUAAAACUGACAAGUUAAAAAGCUAUGAGUUUUGUAUAAAAUAACUAGUCGAUUUUAAUGCUGUGUAAUAUAGCAGUAUUACCACGCUAAGUAAAAACAACGUUAUAAUAAUAGCGUUUAUAAGGAAUCCUUCAAAACGUUACAAUGCUUAGUAUUUUUAUUGAUGAUUUAUGAUUAUUAUUUUUACCACCUUAAUUAGUCUAAAUAAGAGGACGCUAGACUUUUUGAAGUUGUAAAAAUAGCAUGUCGGAUGAACAGCGUUAUAAUUUAAACACGUUAUUGUUAUAAUAGAGUUGAUAAGACUAUUUCUUUUGUAAUAUUUAAAGUUAUAUUAUGAAAUGUUUUUGAAAUAUUUUGUGCCUAUUAAUUAUAAUCAAUUGUUUAGUGACAAUAAAAGAAAAUAAAAUUAAAACAGAAACUAA